CACGCAUUGGCGAUGCAUGGGCCGGCUUAGCGCGUGACCAGGGCGUAGCGCUUCGCGACGUCCGCGGACUUUGGUUCGAGUGUUUUCGCGCCCGACCGGACCUCGACCGCCUGCGCGCCGCUUGCCGCUAGCGCCUUGCUGCCAUGGCCGAGGGUUCCGACGCGGCCGGCCUGUUCUUGGGCACCCAUCCACGCGCCGCCGCUGGCGGCGCCGAUUCAAAGAAGCGGCGCUUCGAGCCGCCCGCGGCGGAGGAGGAGGAGGGGCGCGAGAAACUCCGUCGUGCUGACCACGCCUAUUUCGCGCUGCUCGACCACGAGGGGGAGUCCGUGAUCGACGCGGUGCCGCUCGAUAAGCUCUGGGAAGCGGCAGCGCAGGAGGGCCAGUGGGCGAAGACCCACACGAACUUGGCACGGGUUUCCGAGUACUGCGUGGGCGUCGGCGUCAGCCAGACGUCACAGGUCCUCGCCGUCGCCAUCCGGAAGCUCCAGUCCGACUCCAACGUGCGGGCGGUCUUGCUGAAGGAGACCCACACGAAGGCCACGGCAGAGGCGACGGCCCUGCUACAUCACUUGGACUUGCUCCACCGCAGGAAGGGCUCGGAGGAGCCUUACGGCGGCGAGGCAAAGGGCGUCAGCUUCGCGAAGCUGAAGGCGCCCGUGCCCCCGCGCAGCGCGCCGGCGGGAGCGCUGGCGCGAGCGGCAGCGGCGGCGCCGCCGCCGGCGCGGCAGCCCCUACGAAGCCCGAGGAGGUGGUGGCGGCCGCCAAGGCGCUGCACGCGUGGCUGUGGCGACCCCGGUCCGCGCUGCGCCGCCUCCCGAGCAUCCUCGCAGGCGGGGGCGCGCAUUGGACGGCGUACGCCCCCGAGAAGGUUGCCAGGGCUGGGGUCCACCACCAUCCCAUCGACGAGAAGGCUUUCGGGAACGCGGCCGCGGUCGCCUCGCCGGCGGCGGCUCGGGCGUCUCCGCCGCGGAGCGGGGCGUGGACGACACCCGCGGCCUCUUCGCGUCAACGUGGCGGCGUGGAGAUGGGCUGGCUGCGUGGCCAUCGCAGCCGCGUUUGGAGCGCGCGGCGCACUUGCUGGGCAUAGGGCCGCGGGGAAAACGUGGAUGGGGAGAGGUCAUACAGGCAUAGCGCGGCAGGGCAGAGGGGUGCGCAUUUGGAUACUUAGGUCCAGGCUGGGAUCGAUAGCUUGGGGGGGCGAGAAAAAGGACAGCCGUGGCCGCCCUCUUCUGUCCUGCCCUGCGCAAGCGAGGCAAAGGGGGGCGAAGCUCUCGCGCCAUCCCCGACACUCUCCCGGUCCCAAUGCCCCGCGCGCGCUGGGCAGAUUUGGGGUGGCGCCAGGGAAAAGGCGAGGACUUUGUGUCCACUGUGCGUCGUUGGCGCGUGGCCGCGUGCUCCUCCUCGGCUUCUCAGACGCCGCUCUCCUCAGGUCGCCCAAGCGCGCGCGGCGAUGGUGGGCGACUGCCUCGCGCCACCUCCGGGCGCUUUCUGGGCCCUCAUGCACAGCGCACGCUGGGCGGGGCUGGGGAAGCGCAAGGGCUCUGCGCAUGGGCCUCGACCCCCCCCCGGGGCUGCGCGUUUGGCCGAACCCUCUUCCCCACCCGCCCACCCAGCGCUCUGGAUUUCGGCCGUGCGCGCGCGAGGCGAUCGGGCGCGACGCCUUUGCGCCAACCCCGACGCUUUCCCGGCCCAUCUGCCCGCGGCUGUUCGGCGGGGCGGGGAGAGCGCCAGGCUGACGGCUGGUGGGCCGGCCCUGUCGUCGGCGUCGCUGGCGCGUGGCCGAGCCCCCUGGCGCAUCUCGAGGGCGACGCGAUUACAUGUGAAACAUGUUGUGUAGGGA